CAUACACUAUCCCCAUAGCCUUAUAACAGGCAUUUAUAUAAGGAGACUCUCCAUUGGCUUACACCAGGUCCUAGCAAGAAAGUGAGAUUUUAUUAUGGAGAAUUAACAACACUUAUAUCUGCCUGUGUAUCAAAUCUAAAUAAAAUCAAACUGGUAGAUUAGAUUGUUUAUUUAUGCUCCUGGAAAAUCUCCAAGUAGCGAAGCUGUGAAAAAAUCAACCGAAGCAUAAUUGAUCAAGUUCAGUUUUGUCAUAUAACGAUUUAUAGAGACAGAAGCAUCGUGACCCUCGAACAGCAUCGGAAGACGUGUUACUCUAGCGACUAUCUCAGGGCAUUGUGAGCAGUUAGGUUUUAUUCACAUAUGAUCAAUCAAAAAGUAUUACCAGCUUCACCUGUGAAUGCCUACAAGUCUACACAAAAGGUUAGACCAUAUACAUGUACGUUCAAUCAUUGCGAUCCUCCCCAUCAUCCCCGAAAGGAUGGGAAGCACCGCACCCAAGAUUGUUCGUUGGGAGUUAGUCUCCAUUCUGUCCGAGAACUUCAGUGGUCGUGGGCCACUGCAAAAGAGAGGAAACCUCGCACCAAAUAUCGUGUCUCGAGAAUGUGAUUUUUUGCGUUGU